UUUUAUUGGUUUUAUCGUUUCAUGUGUGUUGUGGAAUAAAGGGAAUAAAGAACGUAGGUUGUAUGGUCAAAUUUAAUUCAAUCAGGAUGACCAGCAAUAGAAGAAACAUUCAAACCCAAUCAAAAAGAAGGUACCGUUCCAAUUUAGGAGAACACAAUUUGAAUAUUCUAAAAUCAUUCUGGAAAAGGGGAAUGACUUCGUUUAGGGAUGAAAAAAAGAAAGAGCUAGUCCGACAAGCUGCUUUUGAAACUGGUAUGACAGAGAAUCAAGUCAAGGAUUGGAUUGGAAAUUACAAAAGACAGCAGACAGGAAAAGCAUAUCCUAAAUAUUGUCGACUGAGGAGGAAACCCCCAAAUGGUUACAACUUGUUUGUUUCAGAGUAUGUCAAACAAGAAAUUGCUAAUGGCACACCUAGGCAUGUUGCAUUGCACAGUGCAUCCAAAGUAUGGCAGAUCAAAAAGUCUUCUGGUGAGAGUUUGGCUUACUUUAAGAGGGCACAAGAGAUGAGGCUCCCAACAGUUGAAGAAAUGACCAAAACACAGAAGAAAGUAGCAAUUACGAGAUUGGUUACAGAAGUUAAUGAAAAGAUUGAAGCACUUGAAAAGCUUGGUGUGGAAGGGAUGGCAAUGUUUGUUGUGCCAUCAACGGGGAAAGUGUAUCAGUUGAGUAACAACAGUGGCAUCCAAUCUGUACAGAUCAACAAUACAGAGGCUUCCAGCAGUAGAGAUGGUGAGACGAAUGUUAAUGAUAUGUCAAGAGUGAUGUUAAGAGCAGGUGUCCAAAAGCUAUUUAAUGACAGUUUCUGUAAGUAUUUUUAAUUUGCAAAUAUUUUUUAGGUCUGAAAAAUACUUUUAAU